CCAAAGCUUACGUUCGUAUAGCCUGGCUUGGGCUUGGCUAGUCUUUUUAAUGGCAGGAUGACAAGAGCCCAUUCGUGACUGCCAAGGCGAUGGCUUGCAAGUGGAAUGGUCUUUUCAGCGUGGGAGAGGAAUUCGACGACGAGGACUUGCUGCAAGCAGACUGGACAGUGCCCACUGCCCCAGCCACCGCCCUACAGCCCAUAGAUGUUCAAGGGACCUCUACGUCAAAUACCUCAAAGCAAGCCAUCCCCGCCACAACCAUUACCAUUCCAAAUGAAUCUGACCUGGGGAAACAAGCUACUCAUAAUGUCCCUGGGCAGACCUCAGUUUUGGGGCUUAGGGGUUUUUCAGCAUCUAAGCUUCCCUCCACCUCAGGUGCUGGAACCUCUGCCAGUAUAUCUGACAUGAGAAACAGCAUCCAAAGUACUGGACCUACUCACCAGAACACCUUCACACCUGCUUCAGGUGCCUGCCCACUGGAUGACUUUGAUGACUGGGACGUGGAUCUUACGGACCUGGAUGAAAACGUCCCUCAUGUUGGGCAGCCUGCUCCAGUGACUAGCUUAGUCCCUCCAACGGCUAUCUCUAACUGGCCCUGCGAGGAUUCCAUAUCUCCAGCGAAGAGGAUGCGCCCUUCAGCCUGUGCCAACGGCUUAACUCCCCCUGGUCCCAGUUUGAGAGGCUUCAGCAUUGUUGCCCACACGCCUGAGCCUCUUGGAAGAGCCCCAAUCCCCAGAGACUCUUUUGCUACCCCUCGGCCAUCUCCAGGCCCUUUCCGAAACCCAGCUGCCCUCCCUGCCCCUCCACGUAGUCCGGUUAUUCCAAGGAUGGCGAGCAGCUUUCCCAGCCCUGUGGCGCCUAGACUGUGGAGGCCUCAGACUCCAGGGCAGACGGGCAGUGCCAUGGGCCAGCCUGCCGGGCACGUCAGGGGGGGGCUGUUUCAGGCCGUGUCCCCAACGCCCACCCCUCGCCCCCUCCACACACCGGUCCUGACCAAUCAUCUGGUCCAGCUGGUGUCUGCCUCCAAGAAGACGCCUCAGAGGCCACGCACUGACCCGUCCCGGCCCAAAACCCGACGCUUCCCUGGACCUGCUGGGAUGCUUCCUCAGCAGUUGAGUGGCAAAAGUCUGGAUGACAUUGUUGUGGCAGUUCCACAGACUCCCGCCCAUAGUGCUGUUGCUCGACUCAGGAGUGAGGUCCCCAGCUCGCAGCCGCCCGAUGAAGAGGACUUCAAUGGUGGCGCGUGGGCCGCCAUGAAAGCUGAGAUGGGAUUGGAUGAGAAGAACCCCUCCUGCUUCCUGCACUCCUACAGCGUUGUCAUGGUGCUCCGCAAGGCUGCACUUAAACAGCUAAACAAGAAUAAAGUUCCCAACAUGGCUGUUGUACUGAAGAGUAUUCUACACACACAUGCUGAUGCCAAGGCUGUUUUUAAAGACCCAACAGGUGAAAUGCAGGGGACUGUGCACCGCCGACUUCUAGAGGAUCGACAGGCAGAGCUCAAAACCGGAGCAGUGCUGUUGCUCAAACAAGUGGGUGUGUUCUCCCCCUCCCAUCGGAACCACUACCUGAAUGUCACGCCCAACAACCUGCUCCGGAUCUACCCGCCAGACGGAAGCCUCCAGCCCUGCACACUGCUGUCCCAGCAUGCCCUGGGGCCAGCAGAGAUGUGGGGUGAGGACUCAAGGACAGUAGGAGGUCCUGUGUCUCAGAUGGAGCUCCGCUUUGAGGACGAGGAGGACGAGGAGCAGUUGGGACAGAAGGACAGUAGAGUGCAGGAAGGCCUUCCUCAAGCUGCUGUCCACAACAAUGGACCAUUGCUGACCAAUGAGGGUGCAUGGGACACAGAUGGCUUGGAUGAGUUACUUGGAGAGUUGCCAGUGGAGACCUACUCUGUGUGAUGCCAGCCACAAGAUCAGUGAACCGCACUACAAUGCAUUCCCUUCAGUUGCCAGGAAGCUCACACACACACACACACAGAGAGAGAAAGACACACAGAGACACACAUGCACAUGCAAGUACACACACAUAUACACACACACACACCUGUUCAUGGUAAACAAUCUCUUCAGGUGGCUCCAUGUGUUGGGAUCAGGCGCGUUUGAUCUGUGCAGGAGCCAGAUCUGAGCCGGGGUCGGCACGUGGAGCGUUCCCCUUCGUGUAACACCUGUUGCCAUGGCGACGCAGCACGGCAGGUCCGAGGGAGAGGUCCGCCGCGCCUCGUGCUGUCUCGUGUCGUCUCGGCUUGACCGCGGCCCCCCUGCCCCUGUUCCAGUCUGCUCUGUGACAUUUCUCAGUCCCUCAGACCCACACUGUGUCCUGGCACUGCCACUGGCAUCCCCACCCCGGUCUGGGGGCUACGCCAGCUUGGGCAUCACUUGUGCACGGACGCGUGCAGAGGCCGAGUUCACAGAGGACAUUGGAGCUGAACGGUUGAAAAUUCCUGUCUUUCUGGCCUUUUCUUCUUUUUCCCCCUCCCCUACUGCCUGUUGUUAUCAACUCUUUUGGCUUUAUAUUUGUUAUAACUAUUUUCGAUGAAGAGACUACUUAUGUUGUAAAAAUGUAUAUAAUUUAUAGUGCAGCCUAUCAGAUGAUGCGAUAGCACAUACUCUAUUAAAUGUGUGAUCUACUACACUAGAA